AUUAGUGUUACAACAAUACAGAGAAUAGCGAAUUACUUACACGUCACAUCCCUUAACUCAAACUCUGGCUUUUCUAUAUAUUUAUGUGCGUGUAUUUUGCAUUCAUUGCCUUAAUUAGACGUUUGUUCCCUCGUUCAUCUUUGAGAGGGAGAGAGAGAGAGAGAGAGAGAGAGAGAGAGAGAGAGAGAGAGAGAGAGAGAGAGAGAGACUACUUGUCCACAGAAGUUUUUCGGGGCGUCUUAGGGAAUGUUUGUGCACCAGCGCGCCACAGCAGUUACAACGCCCGAGACUAACAUCGCGAGACACUGCAUUCUGCAUCGUGUUGACACGUCCUUUAGGGAGACCAUCUGCAUACUGGGACAAUCUGAUGGUGAUUUGAAGAACGGCAGCAUUUUUCCAGUGUACCUGUUUACCAUCCAGCACUUUGUUGUUCCCCUCUGCUAAUAAUCGCAUCAGUGCUCCAGACAAAAUGGCUUCCACAGUGAGAAAAUGUCAGCACCUGUUUGUAGCACUCAUCCUACCCCCUUUGAUCUACUGCAUGCGUCCAGACUGUGUCAUUCAGUUAGAGAAAGAGAAGUGCAUGGAAAGGAUGGCCAUGGAUGACCAUAGCAGUGAACCUGAACUGGUCUGCCGAUGGAUGUGGGACAACCUCACCUGCUGGCAGCCAGCGAAAAUUGGUCAAGUGGUGUGGAUGCCCUGUCCUGAGCUAUUUGAGGUCAUGAGUGAGGAAAAUGAUGAGUUUGGUAAGGUGAGUCGUAACUGCACUGAGGAUGGCUGGUCAGAGAUGUUCCCUCACUACGUUGAUGUUUGCCCUUUCAAUGAGAAUGGAACAAGUCCAGACAUGUAUUAUGUGUCAAUGAAGGCUUUGUAUACUGUGGGCUACAGCACCUCACUGGUGUCUCUCACCACUGCCAUGGUCAUUCUCUGCAGGUUCAGGAAGCUACAUUGCACCAGGAAUUUCAUUCAUAUGAACUUGUUUGUGUCCUUCAUCCUGAGGGCCAUCUCAGUCUUCAUUAAAGAUGGCAUUUUAUAUGCAGAGGAGGACAGCGACCAUUGCUUUAUACACACUGUGGAGUGUAAAGCAGUGAUGGUAUUUUUUCAUUAUUUUGUUUUGUCAAACUACUUCUGGCUGUUCAUCGAGGGCUUAUAUCUCUUUACACUUCUUGUUGAGACAUUCUUUCCUGAGAAAAGAUACUUUUACUGGUACACCAUUAUUGGAUGGGGUACCCCGACAAUAUGUGUGGCUGUCUGGGCAGUCUUAAGAGCUCAUUUUGAUAACAUUGGUUGCUGGGAUAUUAAUGACCAUGCUGCCAUCUGGUGGGUGAUCAAGGGUCCUGUUCUCGCCUCGAUCAUGAUCAACUUUAUACUCUUUAUUGGCAUCAUUAUAAUCCUGGUGCAGAAGUUGCAGUCUCCCGAUAUUGGAGGGAAUGAGUCCAGCAUUUAUCUACGUCUGGCCCGCUCCACUCUUCUCCUCAUUCCUCUGUUUGGAAUUCACUAUACCGUGUUUGCAUUCACACCAGAAGAUGUCAGCAAAAGAGAAAGACUUGUGUUUGAACUUGGUCUUGGUUCUUUUCAGGGUUUUGUAGUAGCUGUUCUUUACUGCUUUCUUAAUGGAGAGGUGCAGUCAGAAAUCAAACGAAAAUGGCGAAGCUGGACGGUGAACCGGUACUUUGCGGUGGACAUAAAGCACAGGCAUCCGUCCCUGGCCAGCAGUGGUGUGAAUGGGGGCACACAGCUCUCCAUCCUCAGCAAGAGCAGCUCACAGAUCCGCAUGUCCGGCCUGCAGGCUGAAACACCGGCCACAUGAGCACUCAGAUGAGCACACUGAAGGCCAAGCUCCUCAGAACCAGAGCUACAAAAUAACUUCUGACCGUUGUGUCGGUUGAAGCUGUAAUAUCUGUCAACCAUUCAUAGAUGACAGGCGUUUGCUAUGGAACUCUGAGGAGCUCACAACGAUUGGUCUAUUGUGUGCAAAGCAAACAUAGAUACUUUUGAUGUGCACUUGAGGAUGAAUCAGAUUUGAUCUGAACUGAAAGGAAUUACAGGUCAAGGGGAAAUAAUGAAUCCAUAGCAAUCUAGUAUUUAGGAUGUUUUCAUCCAGAAAGCUAAAGGUCGUGAACAAGGUGGAUAGUUUUGUACAUGUCAACAUCACAUGAUUGUCUCAUGUUCUCAUUUCUGUGCUGUCAAAUAUGUGACAGUUCGAGAUUCUCAACAUUUUAUCGUCAAAGCAUUGUCAAACAGGAUGAAGACAGAAGCCGGCCUCACCACAAUGGGAUGUGGGACAUGAGUCAUUUUUGAAGGAGAAGAAACCACAUAUUUCACACAUGGAGCUAAAUGAUUAACUGAUUCCCAAUUCCCAAUAGUACUGUAAUUUAAUGUGUAAAUAUUUUCAAAUGUUGUAAUUGUAGAAUGAUGGACUGCAGAGACAUCAAGUUUAAGGACAAUGACACACAAUGUGGACGCUUCUUAAACUAACAUUGAGAAAAACUAGCAUUUGAACCCUCAUUAAAACAGUGAGUUACUGUUUCAAAUAUUUUUCACGAGUGGAUUCCUCUUGUACUUCAUGUGCUCCUAUUUUUUUAAACAGCUGCUAAUACAAAAAAUUUCAAUUAGAAUUCACCAAUACAUCAAAGCUCAUGCCGCAAUAUUUGGCAUGUUAAUAUACAGUAAUACUGGGUAAUAGAGGUGUAAUAGACAUGUGAUAUGGAUGUUGAUUCCUCCCCAAAACAUGUCUAUGACUAGUAGCUGUCACACCGUGAAUUUACAGUUGUAAGAGUGAUGAGUUAAAUUUCUCAGUUAAAAGCUGAGCAAUUUCUUUUCGUUUUUCUGACUCAUAUUUGAUAUUUUGCUCGUUUUGUAUUUUCAUGUCAUAAAAGCAUUUACAAAUAGUGCACUUUAUUUAUAUUUGACCCCUUAAGAUGUCAAUUGCCGUACAAGUUUGCAAGUCUUUGCAACUGAUGUCACUUCAUUCUAAGAUGUUUUCUGCUUCUUCAAAGUGCCUUUUUUGCACAAAAGAGUCAUCUGUUGGGUUUUACAAAGACAAACUGCAACACAUAACUGCACCACUCUGUGAAAGUGCUUUUAUUAUGCUUCAGCAAACCAAGAGGCCUUCAGAGAAUUCAAGCUAGUUUUGUUUCCUUUUUCUUUGGUGUAUCUUUCUACAGGCCUUCAAUUUCAGUAAUGCUAAGGGGGAGAAAAAUGUCAUAUGUAAUUUGCUUUGAAAAACCACUUCCAAAAACGGAGAAUAAUUGUAUCCAUUUGCUUUGUGAAGCAUUACUUUUUCAACAAAUGCCUUGUUUUUUCAAACGACAACUGCAAAAAAGAUGCACAAGGUCAAAAAAAGUUAAUGUUUUACAUGAUCAAUAUUUAUUUAUAUGUAAAAUUACACUGUAUUAUAGAUUAUUUUUAAUAAUUAUUGAGCAUUUUAAUUUAACUUUAAGUGGAAUGUUUAGUGUCUACAAUUGUUUCAAAAAGUUCCUUGUAGGACACUUAUAACAAGCUGAUAAAGUAAUAUAAAGUAAACAAGCUUUAGCAAUACAUUGUAGACUGAUUGUGUGCAGAGAAACAAGUAAUACUUUUUAGUGUACUCGCAAAAUAACACAAAAACGAGUUUGUACUUGCAGCUGUUUCACAUAUCCUAAGGGUUUUAUUUAAAAAUGGAUCAUUUUACGUCAUUAGUGAUCAUUUUGUUUACAUGUGUAGCUAUUAGCAUUGCUGUCUAUAUUCCUCUUAAACAAUGCAUGCAUUUCCUGUGAUCCGUUCAGCGCUAAAGCACACAAAGAAAGUGGGUGGCUUGUUAUAUUACAAAUGAUGUACAGCAAUAUUAUUGUUUCAAAAGAGAACACCACAAUCACAAAAAUAAGUAAGUCUUACCCGUAGGACCAACAAGCAUGUGCACUUUCUUGAAAACACAUAAUGACUAGCUAUUUUUAUUAGGCUAUAUCCUGGGAAUUAUUACUGUGCUUUUUGUAUAAUAGGUUAAGAACUUUUUAAAUGAUACACUUUGGUCGUAACAAACACCUCUCUAAUACCUCUCAUUCAUGGGAUUGCAGUGCAGGCACAGAUUCUACACAGAAACUUAACUAGAAAGCCUGCACAUUUUAUACCUCAUACAACAUUCAACAGAAAUAACUGAGCUUUCAGCACGAGCCUGCAAUCACCACUGCGCAUUUAAACUACAAAUGACUUAGAAUAUAGAUACAAAGUGAACAUGUAUCACAAGUUAUAAUGUAGAAUAAGAUCUUCUGAUGAUCCUGGAUCAACAUUAUUGUCCAAAAAAUAUAGACUUAGUCCAGUCACUAUCUCUAAGCCCAACCCUACCCAUAAUUUAUUCUUAAAAUCAGUGGGAAAUGAUAGCUGAUUAACAAGGGUGUAGAAGCACCUAACCCUGAUUGUAAGCCUAAAACAGAUGAUAUUUCCUGAAAAGUUUUAUCUAAAUUCUGAUUGGUUGAUUGGAGUGUUUUUCCAGGAUCAACAAGGAUAUUGGUCCAGGAACAUGUUGUACUUGGUCAAAUCACGCUCACUGUAGAAUAAACUGGGUUUACAUGUAAUAUAUGAAAUGUUGCUUUAUUGAACAUUUGUUUUUUAAUGGAGUAUGAUUUACUUCAUGACACCUCACGUAAACUAUAUGUGGAAAAUUUGUUUCUGAUUUUAAACUAACAUAUGACAGAAAACAAGAACAUAGUAUUUAGAAUACUAAUAAUACAGUGGUUUGACAGACGUGUAUUGGCUAAAUUCAUUUGAAUGUUCUAGAUAAUGUUAUCAGCAGCUUAACUUGCUUUUGUGGAGAGAUUUACGUUUUCUGCACAUUGUAUGUCUCUGAUUGUGAUGUGAAAUGAUUUUUUUUGUUGGAUGUAUGUAUGGUAAAUCUUUUUGCACAUUAUAGACUAUUCAUUUUGAAACAUCAUUAAAGGUUUUUAACAAGUGA